GCGGCCAGGAGCAACCGCCACGGGGCUGCAGCCAGCGGGCUCUGCGCAGAGCGCGAAGACCAGACACCGCGGAGGGCACCCGGUGGCGGUACCUCUGCGCUCCCGCAAGUCCGGCCAGACUCUGCCUGCCGUCUGCGCCCAGUCCCCGCGCGCCGCAGGCUCCCGAUGGCCCCCGACGCCAGGGCGCCCCCACGCGCUCCGCGCCCGCUGCCCUGCGUGGCGCUGCUGCUCCUGGCCUUGCUGCUCCCCCGCGCCGCCGCGGCGGGGGACCCAGUUGACCACCCACUGAAGCCAAGGCACGUGAAACUGCUGUCCACUAAAAUGGGCCUGAAGGUCACAUGGGACCCUCCCAAAGAUGCUACCAGUAGACCUGUGGAGCAUUACAACAUUGCCUAUGGGAAGUCACUGAAAAGUCUUAAGUACAUCAAAGUGAAUGCGGAGACAUACUCUUUCCUUAUUGAGGAUGUGGAGCCGGGGGUAGUGUACUUUGUGCUGGUUACUGCAGAAAACCACAAUGGAAUGAGCCGUCCAGUUUACAGAGCUGAAAGCCCACCUGGAGGUGAAUGGAUCAAGAUUGAUGGUUUUCCCAUUAAGGGUGCAGAACUAUUUAAUGAGACUGCCACAGAAAAGGAAGUGCCCAACAAGCCUUUGCGUGUACGUGUCCGGUCCUCAGACGACAGGCUGUCCGUGGCGUGGAAGGCACCACGCCUGUCAGGAGCCAAGAGUCCACGCAGAUCUCGGGGUUUUCUUCUGGGCUAUGGAGAGAGUGGUCGGAAGAUGAAUUAUGUCCCAUUGACAAGAGAUCAGCGGACACAUGAAAUUAAGAAGCUGGCCUCGGAGUCAGUGUACGUGGUCUCUCUGCAGUCCAUGAACUCCCAGGGGCAGAGCCAGCCAGUCUACAGGGCUGCCCUUACGAAACGCAAGAUUUCAGAAGAGGACGAGCUGGAUGUACCUAAAGACAUCAGUGUCCGCGUUAUGUCCUCCCAAUCUGUGCUUGUGGCCUGGGUGGAUCCUGUUUUGGAAAAACAGAAGAAAGUCGUUGCAUCAAGACAGUACACUGUGCGCUACCGAGAGAAAGGGGAAUCGGCCAGGUGGGAUUACAAGCAGAUUGGUAACAGACGUGUGAUGAUCGAGAACCUGAUGCCAGAUACUGUGUAUGAAUUUGCAGUCCGCAUUUCACAAGGUGAAAGGGAUGGCAAGUGGAGUACAUCAGUCUUCCAAAGAACCCCAGAGUCUGCUCCUACCACAGCUCCUGAAAACUUAAAUGUCUGGCCAGUCAACGGCAAACCGAACGUUGUCACUGUAUCUUGGGAUCCAUUGCCAGAGACCGAGGGGAAAGUGAAAGAAUACAUUCUUUCAUAUGCCCCGGCUCUCAAACCCUUCGGAGCAAAGUCCCUCACCUAUUCUGGACACACUACUUCUGCGCUGGUGGAUGGCCUGCAGCCUGGGGAACGCUAUCUGUUCAAAAUACGGGCCGCCAACAGGAGAGGCCCGGGGCCACACUCCAAAGCCUUCGUUAUCGCUAUGCCAACAGCCAGUACCAGCAAGCCUACAGUUCAGCAGAACACAGAGAAUCAUUGGAAAUCUGAGAAGCCAGAGCCUUCCUCCCCUUCACCCAAAACUCCAGCUUUCUCAGAACACACUCAGUUGCCUGGAUCUCUCCCUGCCAGAAAAGUCAAGGACCCUCUACUUGACUUGAAGAACAAAAUACUGGCCAAUGGUGGGAUGCCCAGGAAACCCCAGCUUCAUCCCAAGAAGGCUGAAGAGUUGGAUGCUCGGUCCACAGAAGUCACUGAUGAGGAGGCACAGGAUUCUUUGGAGGACCCUCACACAUCAAUCUCUGACAUUCAAGAGGAGAGACGAACCUUGAGGCAACCAAGCAGAACUGGCCACAGGGUACCAGUCCCUGGCAGGACUCCACUGAGGUCCCGAAUGCCAGUGUCACCCCCCAAAGAAGGCAUGGAUAGGCAUGUGCUCCCACCUGUUGCCCACCCUAGUCCAGGGGCAACCGCCUCUGAGGAGGCCUCCCGGGACCUCUCUCCCUACCAUAAUGGGGGGCCCUCUGCCAGCUCCAUUGACAAUGACUCUGUGGACAGAGAUGAGGAGGAGCGAGCUGCAGGAUUCCCCCACUCCAAGUCUGCUGCUUUCCAGCAGCUGUCUCCUAAAACCUCAGCCCAGUUCCAGCCGUCCCUGUCCCAUAGCAAUGAGGCAGCUUCCAGUGACACAAGGCCCAUGCACCAUGGCACAAAUCCAGCCUUGCCUGCAGGCAGGACACCCCAUUCUGGAGUUAUGGAGGAAGAUUCCAGUGUUCCUGCUCCACCCUUGAGACUUUCUCCAUCCCUGAGGGGGUCUUCUCGGCUGCUGCCCAUUCAGCCACACCCUGGCCCUCCUCUCUCCAGGGGCUGGAAGGAUGGUCGCUCCCCAGCUGUCAACUCACAUUCGCCUUCACGGUCUACCCUCUCUGCCCCAGUCUCUUCCCAUCUCUCUUCCAGGACGGAGGUCUCUGAGGGAGGAGAUACUGCUGAUGGUGGAAGCCACAGUGACAGGAAUGCAGGAGACACUAGGUGGAAGGCUGAGGCCACCGUCCCCUCCCCAAGGGCUCGACCUGCCUCUGGACACUUCAGUUUGCUCAGAAACAGGCCCUUUGCUGCCAAUGGCAGGUUUCCAAACAGGUUCUUCAAUGGCCAGGGAUCACGGGUGCAGCCAUCCAGCUCCCCCCAGUCCACUUUGGCCUCCCGAGUCCUCUCUCGGGGCAAUUCUCAAUCCACUUCCCAUCCUAGGCUUGGCUCAGAUAUCCAUGGACAUGUGGAGGCUGAGAAGCCUCUACCUGCUACUGUGGUCAAUGACCACAGGACUGCCUCACCCAGACAGCACCCCUCUGGAGGCUGGGACUCCUCAAGGAGAGGCUCCCAAAGAGGGGCCAGCCUGUACAGGAAAGAGCCUGUCCCAGAGAACCCCAAAUCUGCUGGAACAGAUGUACAUCCUUUGGACAAAUCCCCCUCUCUGACCUCCAGGACACAAGAUGUUCAACAGAGCACAGAUUUGGAGGUGGAGGAGCAUUUUCCCAAAACUCAGCUCGUGUCUGCAGGACGCCAACUAUCCCCUGCCCGUCCUUCAGCAGCAAAGACUCAGCCCUACCCCGGAGCCAGCAUACCUAGAAGGAUGGCACCUGGCCGAGUCCCUCACAAUCAACCCUCUGUCUCCUCGUCCCAACACCGGCAUCCCAGCAGCUCCCAGAGCAAGGACCCUGAUCGGUCCCUUUCCCAGCCUAAACUUGCGCUGGCUCCAGCAGGGCGUUCUCGCCCCACCCUGCAGGGCAGCGCCCACUCCUCAGACUCGUUGGCUGGGCGCUCUGGAGCAGGGCUCCGCCCAGCUCCCCGGGGCCAGGACAAGGAUUCCCAGAGCAGUUAUGAGGACAACAGCACAGAAGUCGAGGCCCUCGAUGUCGGCGACCCCACACACACUGUCGGCUCUAAGGAUGCCACCCCAUCCCUAACUAAAUACCAUCAGGUGGCUUCUCCGGUAGGCACUGGUGAGGAGAGACCCCAGCGUGGCCAUGCAGGGACGUCCUCGAGGCCCAACAGGCCCGGGACCCCUGAUCUCCGUCCCAGGGUCCCAGGCAGGACUGAGGGUCAAGUCACACCAGGAAAGAAAUCUCCUUCCAAGCGGCCGCUGCCCUCCAAAUCUCUACAGUCAGUUUCUACGGAGGAGGAGGAAGAGGAGGAGGCAGAGGAACAGGAAGACGUAGGAUUUUUAAAAGGAGGACAGGAGGACCCUCUGUCUUCCUCUGUUCCAAAGCGGCCUUCUUCCUCCAUCCCCAGGGGCAGCAAAUACUCAGAUGGGCGGCUCACCAAGGACAGGCCAGCCAUUGUCCUGGCUCCCAGAGGAGAGAGCUCCGCGCAGGAAGAGCGCGCCACCCUGGGGAAGCGACCUCCCCAUGCACAGCCAGGCAGCUCCCCAAGAGCCUCCCAGCUUCCCACCGGACACCCUCCUCGCAGCCCUGCCACUCAAAGUCCCAUCGUGAGCACCUCCUCCUGGCCGCAGUAUACCACCCGCGCCCCUCCAAGUUACUACUCCACCACCCCGAUGCUGUCCUUGCGACAGCGGAUGCAGCGCAGGUUUCGCAUUCCUGGCUCACGCCAGCCUGCAAGGCCCUCCUAUGCCCAAGGUUAUAAUGGCAGACCCAAUGGAGAAGGGAAAGUACUUCCUGGUAGUAACGGGAAACCAAGUGGACAAAGGAUUAUCAAUGGCCCUCAAGGAACAAAGUGGGUUGUGGAUUUUGAUCGUGGGUUAGUAUUGAAUGCGGAAGGGAGGUACCUCCAGGAUUCACAUGGAAACCCUCUCCGAGUGAAGCUGGGAGGAGAUGGUCGUACCAUUGUGGAUCUGGGAGGAACACCUGUGAUCAGUCCCGAUGGUCUACCCCUCUUUGGACAGGGGCGACAUGGCAAACCCCUGGCCAGUGCCCCGGAUAAGCCCAUCUUGAGCCUUGGAGGAAAACCUCUGGUGGGUCUGGAGGUCAUCAAAACAACCACCCUUCCCCCCACCACAACCACAUUGCCCACCACAACUACAACCAUUGCACCUACCACUACCACGCCUCGGCCCACGAGGGCCACCCGUCGCACGACCUCCACCCGCAGCAUGACCACCACACACCGCAUGACCACCACCGCACGCCCAACAACCACAAUCCGAACUACCAUGCGGACAACUACCAUCACCACCACCACCCCUGAACCCACCACCCCCAUCCCCACCUGUCCCCCUGGGACCCUGGGACAUCUUGACGAUGAUGGCAACCUGAUAAUGAGCUCUAAUGGCAUCCCAGAGUGCUACCCUGAAGAAGAUGAGUUCUCAGGCCUGGAGAUGGACACAGCCACCCCCACGGAGGAGGACUAUGUCAUAUAUGAUGAAGACUAUGAAUCUGAGACCACAAGGCAACCAGCCACUACCAAGCUCACCGGCAGGCCCACCACCAAGCCCACCACCAAGCUCACCACCAAGCCCACCACCAAGCUCACCACCAGGCCCACCACCAAGCCCACCACUGCUGUUGCCAUGCCAAAGGUCAUCCCUGAGGAAGGCCCCAUCAAUUCUUUCCCUGAAGAAGAAUUUGAUAUGGCUGGGAAGAAACGAUUUGUUGCUCCUUAUGUAACAUACCUGAAUAAAGAUCCAUCAGCCCCAUGCUCUCUGACUGAUGCCCUGGAUCAUUUCCAAGUGGAGACCCUGGAUGAAAUUAUUCCAAAUGACUUGAGGAAGAAUGACCUGCCUCCUCAGAGUGCUCCAAGGAACAUCACUGUGGUUGCCAUGGAAGGCUGCCACUCAUUUGUUAUUGUGGACUGGGACAAAGCCACCCCUGGAGAUGUGGUAACAGGGUAUCUGGUCUACAGUGCAUCCUAUGAAGACUUCAUCAGGAAUAAGUGGUCCACUCAAGCUUCAUCAGUAACACAUCUGCCCAUUGAGAACCUGAAGCCAAAUACACGGUAUUACUUUAAAGUUCAAGCCAAAAAUCCUCAUGGUUAUGGACCAAUCAGCUCUUCAGUUUCAUUUGUUACAGAAUCAGACAAUCCUCUCCUUGUUGUGAGGCCUCCAGGUGGUGAGCCCAUCUGGAUCCCAUUUGCUUUCAAGCACGACCCAGGAUAUACAGACUGCCAUGGCCGGCAAUAUGUGAAGCGGACGUGGUAUAAAAAAUUCGUGGGAGUCAUUCUUUGUAACUCAUUGAGAUACAAAAUUUACCUCAGUGACAAUCUAAAAGACACAUUCUAUAGCAUUGGAGACAGCUGGGGAAGAGGUGAAGACCACUGCCAGUUUGUGGAUUCGCAUCUCGAUGGAAGAACAGGCCCUCAGUCCUACAUAGAAGGCCUUCCUAAGAUUCAAGGUUACUACCGACAGUAUCGCCAAGAGCCCGUCAGCUUUGGCCACAUCGGUUUUGGCACCCCCUACUACUAUGUGGGCUGGUAUGAAUGUGGGGUCUCCAUCCCAGGAAAGUGGUGACCUCAGGACCAACUAUUGCACAGCAAGUCUGCCUGCUCAGCCUCAUCUACCAACUCUCACUAGGGGCUGUGAACAGCAGAAAAAUGGUGUUCCAAGCCCCACUGCACCUGAGUGUCAGGAAGGCUACCUGAUAGACACUGAACACUGCGAUCAUCUUCAGUCUGGAAUCCAGCCCCAUUUUGGUCUGGAACAUAAACAGAAUGGGAUUCAGUUUUGCUGAAACUUCAAACUUUCACAUUCUUUGUAUUAGCACAUACCAAGGGCACCAGAAACCAGCAACGGAUCCAGUAUAUUUUCCAGACAUCUAAGGCACAAAAUUCAGACACUCCAGAAUCUCCAAGGAACAGCAUAGGCAUGGUGUGCUUGCUUCAUAGAAUGCUUUCUUUUUUUCUCAUUUCUGAUUCCUCCAAAACCUGCUGAAUUUUAGCUUCAGAUCUUUUUUUGUAUGCAGAACUGAAUUAAAAACACCACCCAAGGAAAUAUACCUUACUAGAGGUUUAUUCUAUGGACUCACGCAACGCUAGACUAAAUGCAUCAAAUCUUAUUUGUAAAUUCUCAAUUUUGAUAUAUAGAUAUAUGUAUAUAUGCAUAUGCAUAUCCACACUUGUCUGCAAGAACAUUGAUUAAAAGUGUUCAGUUUGUACUUGUUCACUAGAUAAUGUGUGCUGGACUUUUUGGACAAAGGUGCAAUUUGCCUGCUUCUUUUAGAUGUGUCCUGGGUAUAAGUCUCUGCAGAACAUAGUGCCAGCGUGAAGGUGUGAGCUCUUCUAGUGAGUGUUGCUAGACUCUGCUGAAGGUGGGGAGGCUGAGAUAUUGUCUGCAAAUAACUGCUCUUCAUUUCUGUAAAACAAAUGCUUUUCUCUUCGGACACCAUCUUUCCAUUCCUAUGGGAAAAUGUCUACAUUACCUCUCUUAAGACCUAUUGCUUA